UCACAGCCCCACAUCACCAUGCUUAAAAGGCUACUGCAGCCCCUCCCGGCACCAGCUGCUGCCCAGCCGGCCCACACACUUCCCUGCCUGCCUCUGGCUGCCUUGAAUGCCUGCUUCUGAGAGCAACCUGUGGGGCUGACGAAGCAGGGACCAUGUCUACCUUUGGCUACCGAAGAGGACUUAGUAAAUAUGAAUCCAUUGAUGAGGAUGAACUCCUGGCUUCCCUGUCAGCUGAGGAGCUGAAGGAGCUGGAGAGGGAGCUAGAAGACAUUGAACCUGAUCGUAACCUUCCUGUGGGGCUAAGGCAAAAGAGUCUGACUGAGAAAACGCCCACAGGGACAUUCAGCAGAGAGGCACUGAUGGCCUAUUGGGAAAAGGAGUCCCAAAAACUCCUGGAGAAGGAGAGGCUGGGGGAGUGUGGAAAGGUUGCAGAGGAAGACAAAGAGGAGAGUGAGGAGGAGCUGAUCUUCACUGAAAGUAACAGUGAGGUGUCUGAGGACGUGUACACGGAGGAGGAAGAGGAGGAACUCCAAGAGGAGGAGGAGGAAGAGGAAGAAGAAGACAGUGAAGAGGAGGAAAGCACUGAAGCCCCAAAAGGUGUUAAUGGAACUGUAAGUUGGGAUAGUGUCAAUUCUGAAAACUCUAAGCCAAAGAUAUUCAGAAGUCAAGUAGAAGACAUACAUCUGACCAAUGGCAAUAGUGGGCGGAGGACAGAGUCACCGGCUGCCAUCCACCCUUGUGGAAAUCCUACUGUGAUUGAGGAUGCUUUGGAAAACAUUAAAAACAAUGACCCUGACACCACAGAAGUCAAUCUGAAUAAUAUAGAGAACAUCACAACACAGACCCUCACCCGCUUUGCGGAAGCCCUGAAGGACAACACGACGGUAAAGACAUUCAGCCUGGCCAACACACACGCUGACGACAGUGCAGCCAUCGCCAUCGCGGAAAUGCUCAAGGUUAACAAGCACAUCACCAGUGUGAAUGUUGAGUCCAACUUCAUCACCGGCAAGGGCAUCCUGGCCAUCAUGAGGGCUCUGCAGCACAACACGGUGCUCACAGAGCUGCGUUUCCACAACCAGAGGCACAUCAUGGGCAGCCAGGUGGAGAUGGAGAUCGUCAAGCUGCUGAAGGAGAACACAACGUUGUUGAGGCUGGGGUAUCAUUUCGAGCUCCCGGGGCCAAGAAUGAGCAUGACGAGCAUUUUAACAAGAAAUAUGGAUAAGCAGAGGCAAAAGCGGAUGCAGGAACAAAAACAGCAAGAGGGAUACGAUGGAGGAUCCAAUCUUAGGACCAAAGUCUGGCAAAGAGGAACACCAGGCUCUUCACCUUACGCAUCUCCCAAGCACUCUCCCUGGUCAUCCCCCAAACUCCCCAAGAAAGUCCAGACUGCGCGGAACCAACCUCUACCUGCUGCAGUCCCUCCCCCUCCUCCUCCCCCUCCCCCUCCUCCUCCCCAGCUGCUGCCUCCUCCUCCACCUCCUCCUCCUCCACCACUGCCAGAGAAAAAGCUCAUCACCCGCAACAUCGCAGAAGUCAUCAAACAACAGGAGAAUGCCCAGCGGGCACUACAAAACGGACAGAAAAAGAAAAAAGGCAAAAAGGUUAAGAAACAGCCAAACAACAUCUUAAAGGAAAUAAAAAAUUCUCUGAGGUCAGUGCAGGAAAAGAAAACGGAAGACAAUUCCCGACCUUCUACCCCACAGAGAUCAGCUCAUGAGAACCUCAUGGAAGCAAUUCGGGGAAGCAGCAUAAGACAGCUAAGAAGGGUGGAGGUUCCGGAAGCUCUGCGAUAAAAAGUCUCUAGAAGAAGACUCAGGACUGUUGAGUGGUAUUUAAUGAGCUGCGUUGUGAGAUAGUUCUAAAUAUCUUCUUGAAAUGUUCCCUACCUUUAAAGCUAGCCUCACCUGGGAAUUCCAAAGAGAAUUUUAAGAGAAAAUCAGCAUGUUUCUUCUGUAAAUAUGAAAAUAAACAUUUUUAUGAUGUGAGAUUGACACGGGAAGGGAGCGAUGGAAGAUCCUCUUCAUAUCUCGGGAUGCAUUGAGUUACAGAAAUGUCUAAUGAGUUACACUUUUCUGAGUUUUAGAAAUGUAAUGUUAUUUUUGUAAUCUCAAUAAAUUUGGAUUGAAGGUUUA